UCUAGAACGCCUGGGGAACAAAUAACUUUCGUAAUCUCAUUGAACUCUUAUGGCACGGUCGAGUCGUCACUGUCGUCGCUCAAAAAACAUGCAAGAAAGUGUGCGGGAAACUUGAGUUCAGUAUGGCAUAUGGCAUUGACGCGUUUUCCCUUCUCAACCGGAAAUUCAAAAUCUUCAUAUUAUUCAUUUUUGGAACUAUUUUGGUUGUAAGCUGGGCAACAGUCAAUCGUAACAGAACAGUCGUGCAGAAUGCAGGGAGGAUAUCUCAAAGAAUGCUAGAUGAUUUGAGAAGAGAUUUAGAAACUUUAAAUAUAGUGACAUUAAAUGAGAAACUGAAACCAUUGGACCUCAGAAUUACAAAUUUAGAGAGCAAGGAACGAAAAUAUCCUCCAGUUAAAUAUUUAGCCGAAAAAGAUCGCAAGAGAAUUUUAGUGACUGGUGGGGCAGGAUUUGUAGGAUCUCACUUGGUUGAUGCUUUAUUAAUGGCAGGCCAUGAGGUCACAGUUGUAGAUAAUUUUUUCACCGGACGAAAAAGAAAUAUUGAACAUUGGGUUGGGCAUGAAAAUUUCAACCUUUUAAAUCAUGAUGUUGUGGAACCUCUUUUGUUAGAAGUUGACCAGAUUUAUCAUUUGGCAUCACCUGCAUCUCCUCCUAAUUAUAUGUACAAUCCAAUUAAGACAAUAAAGACAAACACUUUGGGGACUCUAAACAUGCUGGGACUUGCCAAGAGAGUGCAUGCCAGGCUUUUAUUAGCUUCAACAUCAGAGGUGUAUGGAGAUCCAGAGAAACAUCCCCAGCGGGAAGAUUAUUGGGGUCACGUCAACCCCAUUGGACCACGAGCGUGUUACGAUGAAGGCAAACGUGUUGCUGAGACCAUGUGUUACGCGUAUGCCAAACAGGAACACGUUGAGGUGCGUGUGGCGAGAAUAUUCAACACGUUUGGACCAAGAAUGCAUAUGAAUGAUGGUCGUGUUGUUAGUAACUUCAUCAUGCAGGCAUUAGAAGGGAAACCAUUAACGGUCUAUGGAUCUGGAAAACAAACAAGAUCGUUCCAGUACAUCAGUGACUUAGUUAAUGGCCUCAUCCUGCUGAUGAACAGUAACUUCUCCGAGCCUGUAAACAUAGGGAACCCAGUAGAAUACACAAUUAUGAACUUCGCGGAGAUGAUCAAAGAUGCUGUGGGCGGUAAAGAACCAGUUUUGAACGUUGCAAAGAUGGAAGACGACCCACAAAGACGUAAGCCCGACAUCUCUCGCGCUAAAAAUAUCCUUGGCUGGGAACCUAAGGUGCCUCUGCUUGUCGGCCUUAACCGAACAAUUGAAUAUUUUAGAAAAGAACUCGAUAAGUCGAGGAAAUCCAAGUUGGUUGAUCUGUAGCCAGGAAGAAAUCCGGCGUGUGUGAUCGAAUACAGCCUCUGGCCAGAGAAGACGAAGCUGUAACAACAACGAAAUUAACCUAAAUUCGAUCUUACGGGAAGAAGAAAUUCUACGUAUUCGCGGCAUUAAUGCCUUUUUCUUUGUUGGCAUAAACGAUGUACAAGAGAACCUCGCUAUCUUGAACUCAAAUCAUUUUCCCUUGAAUACACUUUUUCAGUCACUUGACUUACUAUUGGCCAUCGAACCGCCGUCCUCUUAGCUAUUUCUUGUUUUUCUAAGAUUUCGAGAUAGCGGAGUUAACUGUAAUAUAAAUGUGGCCGCCUAAAUUUAGACUGCGAGCAGUCAUCAUUCUGUUAUACAACGUGACUCGAGGAAAAACGCGACAUCUCAAAGCCUAGUAUAGAGUUAGGCGUGGUUAGAGUGUAGUUAACUUACACAACGCCUACUUUCUUGUAUAUGAAGUUCGACUUAAUCUUCAGCCACGCUAGAAUGGCAGAAAGUCAAUUUUUCAUCAGCUCUAUUUAAUGUUUACAUUAAGUUAUCGUCAACAUUAUUAAAAUUUAAUGUUUACAUUUUGAAGUUGUUGUCCUAUAAUUUUGUUUUACGGACAUUUCUGUUCUGGUCAUGACCGCGCUGUAUUAAUUCGUCGGACAAAGCCGUUACAAAUUCUUGACAUCAUACACUUUCUCACAAUCAUAUUCCAACAUACGGUUGAUUAACCCUACCCUCCGUUAUCUUAUUCCUCAAAGAACCUGGAGUGGUUUGCUUUGUGGAGCAAGGCAUGUAAUGUAAUGGGAGGGAGGGGGGACCAAACAAAUCGAACACUUAAGAUGGCAAGUAUUUUGCUGCCGUUUCAACUCCGACAUACAAUUGUUAACGACAUGUUACAAGACAUCUAUUAGUCCGAUCCUAUCUCAUAUACUAGUACAACGCCCAAAUCAAUGCAAUUUGCAGUCUUCACAGUCACGAAACCUCAAAUUUUCCCGGCUGCAGACAGACCGGAACGAAAUUACGCUAUAGCCUUAUUCGUCGAACGCAAAAGCUCAACUAGCAAGAGCAUGCUAUCUUGGUGUCAGUAACACGAAAUUCGGACAGCUUGCACAAACGAAAUGUGAGGAAAAAUACCCAGACACCGCGUCCCUCUUGACCAGCGGUGGGUAAACGUGAAACUCAAACUAGGUUUCGUCGUCAGUGUACGCCAGGACGCUAUUUUACAAUUGAUUUCUGCCUGUUUCAAAGUGACACCUGCUACAAAACACUUCACAUGAAAAUAACCUUCCCUUACAUGUUCAUUUUCAUUUAAAUGAAACUCAUUUAUGAGCCAGAUGUAAUUUUGGAACUUGUUGAAGUCACCUCGCGGAUACCACCAGAAAGACGAAGUGACGAGAAUCGUUUUUAACACCGGCUUUAUUGGUAUAGUUCAGGUAUUUGCUAGCGACUUUUCGCUCGUACACCUGUAUUGAGAUUUGCUACAGGAAAUAGGAACUCUGUAAUUGCAUUCCUGUUCCUUAAAAAUUUAAAUUAUCUGAUAAUAUUAAUGAAUAUCUUGAAGAUUUCCAUAUAGACAACGAGGACUUCAUGAAAACUCAACUAUUUCAGGUUGAUCCUCACAAUGGCUAAAAUGUUGCUGAAUAAAAUUUACAGAAUAGAUUAUAAAAAAAAGAACUAAAAUGCAAUUAUUUCAUUACUGUACAUGCUCAAAAGGCAAAAAACCGAAAACUUUUAAAAGCCUCUGUCAAAUUAACCAAUAAAAAUAACAUUUGUGUAAAAAA